UCACUUCCUUGUUCCUCUGACUGAUUCUCUCUGCCUGCCUCUCCUCAGACUGACGAUGGCUGAAGCCCCGCUGUGUGGAUUACAGGACGAGAUCACCUGCUCGUUGUGUCUGGACACCCUGACUGACCCCGUCACCAUCCCCUGUGGACAUAAUUUCUGUCUGAAGUGCCUCACGGACUGCUGGGAUCAGAGCCAAGUGUGCAGCUGUCCUCAAUGCAGAGAAAACUUCACCACGAGGCCUGCUCUGCGAAGAAAUAAUCUGCUGAAUGAAGUCAUCAAGAAAUUAAAGAAUUCAACAAUUAGUCCUCCUCUUCCUCCUACUCCUCCAUCUGAGAAUUAUGCUGGCCCUGGAGACGUGGAGUGUGACUUCUGUACUGGUAAGAAGUUCAGAGCUGUGAAGUCCUGUCUCACCUGCAUAGCCUCCUACUGUCAGACUCACCUGCAGCCUCAUUAUGAAGGAGACGCCCUGAAGCACCACAAGUUGGUUGAUCCUGAUAGAAAUCUGAAGGAGAAACUCUGUGAGAAACAUCAGAAAAGUCUGGAGAUGUUUUGCAAAACUGAUCAGAUGUGUAUUUGCAUGAAGUGUGGAGUGACUGAACAUAACGGGCAUAAAAUGGUUGAGCUGGAGACGGAAAGAGAAGAAAAGCAGAGACAGCUGGGGGCGACACUGAGUGACAUCAAGAGGAGACUUGAGGAGAGAGAGAAGACACUGAAGGAGACAAGGAGGACGAUUGACGAGAUGAAGAUGUCUGUGAUAAGAGAGGUGGAAGAAAAUGAGAAGAGCUUCAAUGCUCUGAUACGGUGCAUUGAGGAAGCCCACAGGAAAUUGACUGAGAGGAUCAGAGAACAAGAAAAGAGAGAAAUGGAGAAGGCUGAAGGAGUCAUGGAGCAACUGAAGAAGGAGAUUGAAGAGCUGAAGAGGAGAGAAGCUGAGAUGAAGGAGCUUUCAGAGACCAAGGACCAUCUCCACUUCCUGCAGACUUUCUCAUCUCGCUGUGUCCUUCCUGCUGAUGGAGACUCUCUGAGCUUCACUGUCACCUCUGAUUUCUCAUCUGAGGACCUGAGAAAGGAGCUGUCUGGUCUGACAAAGAGUCUAGAGAAGAUCAGCCGGUGGGUCAUCAUGACAAGGACUCCAUCAGCUCAUGAAGCUCCAGUUUUCACCCUCCAGCCUCCUGAACCUCAGAGCAGAGACGACUUUUUAAAAUACUUCUGUCCCCUCACACUGGACAUCAACACGGCAAACAGAGCCCUCUGUCUGUCUGAAGGGAACAAGAAGGUGACACGUGAGAGGACAGAGACUGAAUAUCCUGAUCAUCCUGAGAGAUUUGGCUAUUGGGCUCAAUUUCUGUGCAGAGAGGCUCUGACUGGGACUCGCUGUUACUGGGAGGUGGAGUGCAGUGGAGACUUCAUGAGGAUUGGAGUCGCAUAUAAAGGACUGAGAAGGAAAGGAGAGAGCAUGGAGUGCAGCCUUGGAAACAACGAGAAGUCCUGGUGUUUGCAGUGGUAUCAAUCCCAGUACUCUGUGUGUCACAAUAACAAAUGGACUGUAAUCAGCGCCCCCUACAGCCCCAGAAUAGGUGUGUAUCUGGACUGGCCUGCUAGCUCUCUGUCAUUUCGUAGCGUCUCACACACAAUGACCCUCCUGCACAGGUUCAACACCUCCUUCACUGAGCCACUCUAUCCUGGGUUUUAUCUUUAUCUUCACUCCAGUGUAACAAUCAGCCAUCUGACACCAUGUGACCACUGACCAGUACCCUCCACCGGUAACUUGAUGUCCCCACAAACUCAGGUGUCUUUGUGUUUACAGUUUGAGGUCAAAAUUAAUUUUACACUAUAGGUGGGGGGGGCAGCACCUCUGUGAGUGAAUUUGUGGAUGAGAAUGAAUGACACCUCAGACCUAUAAAUACCAGUCUGACCAGCAGGGGUCACUGUUGAUUCACAGCCACAUGUCCUUCAGGCUGACACCCCACCUGCUGUGUCCUCUGAGUGUCACUUAAUGUCACCUGUCAGGCAGUCUAUAUAGCGCCUUUCAAUAGUGCUGCUCCAGCAGGACCACAUGCCUGGCUCAGUAUCCAGAGCCUCAUUCCAGUGACUAUUUAGGAGCACAGAGUGACAGAAGUGACUGGAGUGCUGGCCUCUGAACAGACAUUGUCUGCCCCUCUAUUAGUUACUCUGGUGGUCUGUCACCUCUGAAUGAAUUCACUGUGAAUGUCUAAAGACGAGGACUCACCGCUCAGUCACAUGUCGGCCAUAAUGAUGGAGUUUGGUGUUUUACUGAGUCACUUGGUGUCACGUUAGACAUUAGACUGCACCUCCCCCUUGUUGUUCCCACUGUCACCCAACAUCAAGGAGAUGAGUCAGCUGACUGACUUCACCGUCACUGUCGGUGUUCAAAGUGACAAUCAGAUGUGACACUUGGGGACACUUUUAUCUUUCCACUAACACACACAUUCCCAGGAUUAAUUUACAAUUCCCUCAGGAUCCCUCAAGGAUCGGCAUGUCAGCUGACAUCAGUCUGUGUGAAGAAGCCAAUGAAGGCCCAGGCUGACAGCCCCCCAACUGUGUAUUACAGGCCUCACCAGCCAAUGGCGACUAUGACUUCUAAAUCUGUCAUCUUCAUGGAGCCUGAGGGGUUAAAAGGAAGAGGAGAAGGUGAAUAAAGAGUGAGGGGUGAGGAUGAUAGAGAAGAGUGUCAGGGUGAUAAAGGGUGAGAUGAGUGACCUGAGACAGAGUGAGUCAGACGAGUGUGUCACUUGUGUGUUUGUCAGUUUUGUUCCUCCCUCCUGAUUUUCUCCUCUUUGACUCAUCACACGCUGAUGGCCGUCCUGUGAUCACAGAUUGUAUUCCUCGUUGAUCAAAUCCGUAUCUCUAUCUGUGACUGACGUCUGAUUCUUUAAGCACUCGCUCAUCAGACAGGUUGUCACCCGAUGAGCUCUUCACUGCUGACCUAAGCCCUGCUGCCCUCUUCUCUCUCCUGUCACCUCGGCCAUUGCUUCAGUCCCCGCUGUGUCACCUCAUAAAGCCACUGGUCUGUCUGGUCACUCAGGUCCUUGUCACAGCUGCACACUGGCAGUCGUUCAAACUCUACAGGCUGACAGCCAUGUUGUCCUGUCGUCUGAUGCUUGUGUUGGUUGAGGACGUCUCCUGCUGACCUUGGUGGCUUUUAGAGCUCAGGAUUAAUGAAAUGGAAAUGUCAGUCAGCAGUGUGGGCAGGUGGGCACAUUCAGGGCAAAAUGUCAUUUAAAAGUCGAUGAGCACACUGGACACAUCGCCAGUCACUGAUAAUCGACUCCACGUCAGCUCCUGUGGCCCUCAUCAUGUGCUGUCAACUCAGACGCUGGUCAUGUGACUUGCACCUUAGUGACAUUCCUGUGACUUUCAGGGCUGUGACAUCAGCUGAUUCUUCUGGAGCCAAACUGCUCCCUCUUGUGGCCUCUCUGCAUAUUAAACACACGAGAAGUUAGGAUGUGAAGUGUUUGGUGAGAUCUAAAAAAUAUUCAGAAUAUUGACAUCACCUUGAAGGACAGUUUGGUUUAAUAAUAAUUAAUGUGUAAAAGAAUACUUAUUUUAUAUUAAUCUUUAGUUAAUUAUAAUUAUGUGUUACAUUCAUAGAGAUAAAUGGCCUGUUAAUGCUUCACAGUUUGUAAAAUUUGAAUUGCUUAUUAAUCUAAAAAGAUCAAAACACAAAAAAAAAAAAAAAAAUAU